CGUGUUUCCUUCCACCGUGGAUCUGGCUGACAGCUGCUGAGAUGACCGUGGAGACGAGAAACGCGCCCACAGUGUUGGAGGAAACACGGAGACCCGGACAGUCCUGCAACCUGAACCCGGACAGUACCAACCCGAACCCGGACAGUCCUGCAGCCUGAACCCGGACAGUACCAACCCGAACCUCCGUCAUGGGAGCCAUCAUUUCUCAGAUCUUCUCCAUGUUCACCUCAAAGUUUCCCGUCCGGAUUUUAAUGGUGGGUCUGGAUGGUGCAGGUAAAACCACUUUGCUGUACAAACUGAAGCUGGGCAAUGUGGUCACCACCAUCCCGACCAUCGGUUUCAACGUGGAGACGGUGGAGCACAGUAACAUCAGUUUCACAGUUUGGGAUAUUGGUUAUCAUCACAUGCUCAGACCGCUGUGGAGGCAUUACUACGGCAACACGCAGGGUUUUAUUUAUGUGGUUGACAGCAGCGAUUCAGAGAGGAUUAAAGAGGCCACAGAAACGCUCCUUAUGCAGCUGGAGGAGGAUGAGCUGAGGGACGUUCCAGUUCUGGUUUUUGCUAACAAACAGGACUUACCCAGAGCCAUGUCUGUCGAUGACAUCACAGAGGCUCUCAGCCUAUCAGGAGUCCGGCAGCCGUGGUUCGUCCAGUCGUCCUGUGCCGUCAGCGGCGCCGGUCUGGUGGAGGGACUGGACUGGCUCUCCGACCAGAUCCUGAAGAAGUAGCUGCUGCUGAGACGCUCUGAUUUCUGACGUUCCUGCUGAGUCCUGAAGGCACCAGGCGGCCGCUGGCGCCGUUUACCUGGAGAAACCUGAAGGAUCAGCUGAGAAAACGUCCAAACCUGUAAAACUGUCGCACUUUUUCUCUGAAAAGAGACAACCAGAAACUAUUUGAGUUUUUUUAUUUGGGUUUGGAAUAGUUGAGAUAUUUACAUAUUGCUGUAAGAUUUAAUAUUAUUCCUUGAAGGUUUUUUGAUUCUUCCUACAACGUUUGCAUUACCAGUCACCAGCUGUUUAUUUUGGGUGAUUUUACAACAGGUUUUGUGGUAAGUUGACCUAAAAAGGAGAAAAAUAUGCCUCAAUGUGCUUUAAUUUUCUGCAGGUAUUACACUAAUAUUUUAUGAAACUGUAUUUAUUGUGAAAACCAAAUGUUGAUAUAAUAAAAGCCAGAAGAAGCUAAAUCAUAUUGUCUUAUUUUGACAGACUCUUAGUUGCACAAGUAUGAUUGUAAAAAAUAAAUAAGAAGUCAUCAUUUUUUACCAAAUUUAAGUUUUUAUUCUUUCAUGUGUUUUAUGGUUUGUUAAGUUGAUACUUCCAACUAAAUUAGACAAUCAGAAAUGUAUUUAUUAUUUGGGUUUGGAAUAGUUGAGAUAUUUACGUGACUCUUUUUUUCUAAGAAUUUUUCUGAUGAUUUUCUUGCUUCUCUGCACAACUUUGUGCUCCAACAGAUGAUAUUUUUGGGUGUUUUUACAACAAAUUUGAUGGAGGUUCACAAAAAACUAGAAAAAUAAACGUGCUUCAUUUCUCAGCAGAUAUUACUGCUGAUUACAGAAGAUAUUACUCUUAUGAAACUUUGCAUUUAUUGUGAAAUCUGAAUGUCAAUCAUUUGCUGAUAGAUUUUAUAUUGUCCUUGAUGGUUUCUUGCUUCAAACAUUCAACAUUUUGCACUUCCAAUCAAAUGUUUUCUUUUAUUUUUACAAAUUUGAUGGUAAAUUUAUAAAAAAGAAGAAAAACAAACCAAUGUGCUUUAUUUUUCAGCAUAUAUUAUACUAAUUUCUUUUGAUACUCUAUUUAUUGUGAAAUCUGUAAAUUAUUUACAAAGAGAUUUAAAAUUUUUACGUUUUCUUGCUUCUCUAUGCAACUUUGUACACUAACAGAUUUUAUUGGUUGUUUUUAGAAUUUAAAUGCAUUUAAAAAAUUAGAAAAAUAAACAGAUUUGCUUUGUUUUUCUACAUGUAUCACAGUGUGCUAUGAAACUGUAUGAUAAAAUCUGAAUGCCAA